UCCACUUACUGAUCCACCGGGGGAAGUUCUAGAGCCCUGGCAAGCAGACUUUUGCUCACCCCAUGACCUACUCGCGCUUUUCUUAUCGCAAGCUGGCUUUGCUUCCCCUGGCACCCUAUAUAGACUCUGAAGGUCCGGCAAUCAUGGAAAGGAAAAAAAAAGUGUCAACCAAGCAAGCAGCUCUACGUUUCCUUCCCCCUUUAGACCAACACCAAUUCACCUUGACUCUCCCCGCCCUUUGGGUGACGGAGUAGUGCCUGCGUACAUACACACCACCACUAUCGAGUCUCUCGCCCACCACCAACCCACCCAAUCCCAACCUACAAUGUCCUACACCUCUUCCUUCCUCUUCACCAAACCGACCCCUCCUCCCCCUGUGCGCCCUCAGCGUCGCUCCCCCUUCGCGACCAAAUCCUCGCUCCAUCUCCACCUCUGCCUCGUUUCCGGCGAGAAGUAUGAACACGAAAGCAGCGCCAAGCAGCCCGAUCUGCGCCGGUGCCUCGGCCACGCCCGCGUCCAUGAGAAGUCCAUGGAGCUCGUCAAGCGGGACAUCCAAGUUCACAUCCGCUCCAUGGGUAGCGACAGCGACGAUGACCUCGACAACGACCUGCCCGUCCCGCCCCGGCGCUCCCGCCGCGGCUCCAAGCCCUCGUCCGCGGCUCCUGCCCCGAUGAAGUCGGCCGCUGUCAAGUCGACCGCCGUGAAGACCCCGUCUAUCAAAUGGGCCCCGGAGCCCACUGAGAAGAAGAGCCUCCUCGACAAGGGCCGCCGGUGCAUGGAGAAGAUCUUCUCCCGCCGGAGUGGCAGUGUGCACUGGUCUCAAUCUGGAGUGCCUGUUGUCGCCUGUUGAACUCAACCUACCUGAUCUUCACUCGUUCUCGACCCCGUCUCAUCGCCUUUGAUCAACUCAAUCAAUCCCCAACCACCCAUUACCGGUCUUCACCAGACCCAGGGAACCACGCCGUAUCCGGUGUCUCUCCACCUCCGACUCCAUCGGCAAUCCGUCUGCUCCAAUCCAGACCGA